UCGGUCUGAUGUGUAAAAGUCCAGUCCACUGAGUCAUCCAGGCACUCCGAGAGGGAAGUGUGUGUGUGUGUGUGUCAGCUGGUAUUUAAACACCACACCCUGUCCCAUCGUGGAUCAUAACGGAGCUGCUGCUGCUCGCUGCCUCACUGCUGCUGCUUCUCUGAAGGUCGACUCAACAUGGCGCUGGUGUCUGAGUUUCUUGGUCAACUGACGCUGUCAUACGGAGGGGAAGUAGAGCCCACAUUCCCCACUGUGGUGGCAGCCCGAGACUUCGACCCGGCCAAAGACGCUGCCAGGAUCGAGACAGCCAUCAAAACUAAAGGUGUAGACGAACAGACCAUCACCGACAUCCUGACCAGACGCAGCUAUGAGCAGCGGAGAGAGAUUGCCUUCGAAUAUGAACGACUCGCCAAGAAGGAUCUGAUUACAGCCCUGAAGGGGGCGCUGUCUGGCUCUCUGGAGGCUCUGAUGUUGGGUCUGAUGAAGAGUACCGCUCAGUACGACGCCUCCGAGCUUAAAGCCUCCAUGAAGGGACUGGGAACAGACGAGGAGACCCUCAUCGAGAUUGUCUGCUCUAGAAACAAUGAAGAAUUAGCGGAGAUCAAAAAGGUUUACAAAGAGAUGUUUAAGAAGGAGUUGGAGAAAGAUGUAGCAGGAGACACGUCAGGAGACUUCGCCAAACUGCUGCUGGCUCUGGUUCAGACAAAGAGAGAUGAACCCUCUAAUGUGGUUGACUAUGAGAAGAUUGAUGAAGAUGCCAGAUGUCUGUAUGAAGCCGGGGUGAAGAGGAAGGGAACCGAUGUGGCGACCUGGAUCUCCAUCAUGGCCCAGAGGAGCGUCCCCCACCUGCAGAAAGUGUUUCAGAGGUAUAAGAGCUACAGUCCGUACGACAUGAAGGAGAGCAUCAGGAAGGAGGUGAAGGGAGAUCUGGAGAAGUCCUUCCUCACUCUGGUGGAGUGCUUUGAAAACAGGCAGCUGUACUUCGCCAACAGACUCAGUGACGCCAUGAAGAGUAAAGGAGCGAAGGAGAAGGUAUUGACCAGGAUUAUAGUUUCCCGCUGUGAAGUCGACCUGAUGAAGAUCAGAACAGAGUUCAAGAAGCAGCACAAGAGAUCACUGUACCAGACCAUCGCUGAGCACACUAAAGGAGACUACCAGAAGGCUCUGCUCAGUCUGUGUGGAGGAGACGACUGAGACCUCAACUCUGUCUGGACUCAGUUUCCCAGGAUGCCCCUGGGUUUGAAAUGUCAGACUGCAGAUCUUCUUACAGUAUUAGAGUCUUUUUCUAUUUACUUCCAUAUGAAACAGAUCCUGUCACCCCCAUCUCUCUGAGCAGCUUCAGUUUGUGAAAUAAAAACCUUUCAGCUGUU